UUUACAGAGUGGGGCGGAGGCGCGCGGGCAGAACCCACAGAGACAGACCAGCAGCCUCUUACCACAGCGCAAGACCUAACGGAGCUACUAUACCGGGGAACUAGAACGGACAGGGCUCCAGGAUGUCUCCGAGGUCUCGUGCGUGAAAAACCACAGAAGGAACUAUCGAAACAGAUACUGCAAAGCGAGGCAGGAGUUUGAUUGCAAGGAAAAUCUGGAUAUAACAGUUCAUUUUAUUAUUGCUUUUGGAUAAGUUGUUUCCAACUUCGCUUAACGGGUUGGAGUAGGUUACCAACUGUGCUUCCAGUGGAGGAUUUCAUAUUGGCGACCGCGCACUCUGAAGUGGACUAAAGUUUCCCCAGUACCCGGUGGACUACCCUACCAGGCAACGCCCGGAACCCGAUCAAUUGAUAACUUUGGAACUUUUCCUCCUUGUGACAAUGAGUCGGGCUGUGGACGCUCUUGCGGCGGUAGCGCUCUCUCUCGCGCUGCUGUGCGUUCCAGGACACCUUGGUCUGGUGCGUGCGUUCGGCGAAGAGACAGAGGAGAUGACGUGCGACCCGAUACGCAUCGCCAUGUGCCAGGACCUGGGCUACAACGUCACCAAGAUGCCCAACCUGGUGGGCAACGUCCUGCAGUCAGACGCGGAGCUCCAACUCACCACCUUCACACCACUCAUACAGUAUGGCUGCUCCAGCCAGUUGAAGUUCUUCCUGUGUGCGGUGUACGUGCCCAUGUGUACAGACAAGGUUCCCAUCCCCAUCGGGCCGUGUGGCAGCAUGUGUCUGUCUGUCAAGAGGAAGUGUCUGCCAGUCCUAAUAGAGUUUGGCUUCGUCUGGCCAGAGCUGCUCAACUGCAGCCUGUUCCCCCCUCAGAACGACCACAACCACAUGUGUAUGGAGGGUCCGGGGGAYGAGGASGCCCCYUWCCACCCSGUCCGACCCCUGCCCCCMCAGGAGGAGGAGUGCCAGGCCCUGGGGGCCGGGCCAGACCAGUAUGCCUGGGUGAGGCGGAGCCACAGCUGUGCACUGCAGUGUGGGUAUGACGCGGGGCUGUACCGGCGCGGGGCCAAGGUGUUUACAGACGUGUGGAUGGCAGUAUGGGCAGUGUUGUGUUUCCUCUCUACCACCCUGACCGUCCUCACCUUCCUCCUGGACUCAACACGCUUCUCCUACCCCGAGAGACCCAUCAUCUUCCUCUCCAUGUGCUCCAACCUCUACAGCGUGGCCUACCUGGUGCGCCUGACUCUGGGUCGGGAGCGUGUGUCCUGUGACCUGGAGGAGGCAGCGGUACCUGUUCUGGUACAGGAGGGGUUAAAGAGUACCAGCUGUGCCAUCGUCUUCCUCCUGCUCUACUUCUUUGGCAUGGCCUCCUCGUUGUGGUGGGUGAUUCUGACUCUGACCUGGUUCCUGGCUGCAGGGUUAAAGUGGGGUCACGAGGCCAUCGAAAUGCACAGCUCCUACUUCCACAUAGCAGCCUGGGCCAUCCCCGCCGUCAAGACCAUCGUCAUCCUCAUCAUGCGACUAGUAGAUGCUGAUGACCUCACGGGGCUUUGCUACGUGGGUAACCUACAGCAAGAGGCCCUAACGGGCUUCGUGGUCGCCCCGCUCGCCACCUACCUCCUCAUCGGGACACUGUUCAUCUGCGCCGGCCUGGUGGCCCUGUUUAAGAUCCGCUCCAACCUGCAGAAGGACGGGGCCAAGACGGACAAGCUGGAGCGUCUGAUGGUGAAGAUCGGGGUGUUCUCUGUGCUGUACAUGGUACCUGCGUCCACCGUGAUAGGCUGCUACCUCUACCAGCUGUCCCACUGGGGGGACUUCAGGGCCAGUGCCAUGGACUCAUACGUGGCAGCAGAGAUGCUGAGGAUCUUUAUGUCUCUGCUGGUGGGCAUCACGUCGGGCAUGUGGAUCUGGUCGGCCAAAACCCUCCACACCUGGAAACGCUGCUCUGCCCGGCUGUGGAGGGACGGCCGGGCAGGGAGGGGCAAGCGGGCACCGGGGGACAGCUGGAUAAAACCUGGCAAGGGCAAUGAGACGGUGGUGUGAGGAGAGAGGGAGAGAAAGAGGGAGAGGGGAAGAUAUGAACCGGGUGGCUUUAUAAAGCAAACCUGCCCCCAAACCCACUACUAGAUCCACUAUCUGCUGGAGAGAACGAACGAGAAGAACAAACAGAUAAAUAGCAGACAGCGGUUUCCUUUGCCCACUUUGUCUGUGGUUCUCUCCCUACUAGCAGACUAACCCACUGCCAGAGAAGAGACUGACCCUGUAGCCUACAGCAGACUCUGAUCUAUAGAACCUUCUGACUUCAGAGAGUUGUUUUAAAGGUUGAAUCUACACUGGAGAGUCAUGGUCCAGAUGAUGUACAGAACUAAACUACAGCCACACUGAAAUGCACUAUGACUAGCUGAUGUAUCUUGGUUAACAUGCCUUAUGAGGAACGGGAGGCUGGGCUGCCCAGCCAGCCACACUCUGGACGCUAUAAAGCUAUGCUACUGCAAAGGCACCUGGGAUUUGUAGUGACUAGACUCUAUGGUGUUGCAGCUAAGGCACUUGGGAAACGUAGGCCUGUGUCCUUUACCUCAGUCCUCAGCGAGUAGCACAGCUGACCUCCACACAGUCUUAACGAGGAAACAGACACUCAACUAUGAACUCUGAACUUUAACCCUUGACCUUCUCCAGUCACUCAUGGAACCCUUAGGGAUGGCGAUCAGUAAUGAACCGGCGUCAGGUUCUUCCUGUAUUUUAGAAGUAAAUGAAGGGUUAUUAUGACUGAUGUUAGACAAUCAACCCCCAAAAAACACACACACACACACACACACACGGAGUCAAACUCAUACAGUCUGUACAUUUGCACCCUUGUGCAAUCCACUGCCAUCAAAUCUGCUGCAUCAGCUGAGUUAUUAUUGCAUUAAGCUGCAACCAUCAAUAGACCGUCAACACAACACACACAGCAGAGAGACAGUCAAACACAGAGACAGCA